AACAAAUUUCUGAAUUCUGUGUAAUUUUGAUUAUUUUGAAGUAAAAGGUGACAUUACUGAACUGUUCAACUGACAGUUAGUAUGCUAUUGCUGAUUUUUAGUAGAAAUGAAUACCUAUAAAAAGGAUAAAUUAGUAGGUAGGGCUCAUUCGUCCCUUUGUGUCUCUUCAGGUGAGUUUUCAAAUUUGCCUGUAAAUUUACCAUCACCUGUUAUAUCUACAAUAACAUUGACACCGGGUAAAGUAAGAAAUAUAGAUCAAGAUAUGGAGGCAUUGAGAGCAUCUAGACAAGAUAAUCCAUUCAUUCAGCAAGUUAUUGCCAGUCGAGAGAGUUUACUCAUUGAUAAUUUGGAAGAAGAAUCUGACCAUGCUAAUUUGAUGGCGAAGAAUAGUGUAUCGGAUAACGGUUACAACGAAAAACAAACUAUGGAAGAAAAUAAACAAGUGCGAGUGGAUAACUGGGGAGUGUUUUUCCUCCAACGGCUGCAACUAUUUUUUAACAAAACAGACUAUUGUGACUUAACCUUACAAUUUCAAGGGAAUGUUCAGUUGAAAGUACACAGACUUGUUUUGAAUGCAUGUACUGAAUAUUUUGAACUAUUAGAACAAUCUGAUAGACUCAUUGACGAUAAUAUUAUAUUGAUGCCGGAAACUUUGCAACCUGAUGUUGUGGUUCCAAUCAUUAAUUUCAUGUACACAGGAAUGUUGGAAUAUCCUUUAUCAAUAUACAAUAGGCUAUGUCAAGCAGCCGAUCUCAUGCAUAUAUCAGUUCUAACCAAACUAUUGGAUGCUCAAAAACAAACUGCGUUAUUGAACAAGCCGGAGAAAAUAACAAAAGCAGUUCAGGUGAAAGAAAUCAAACCUGUACCUAAAUCACAUUCUCAAAUGAAGAAAGUAAUAUCAAAACCUGUUACUACUGAUCCUCCGCCUAUUUUUCCUCCACGAAAGUUAACAGGUUGGAAAAGGAAAUCUCUAACUGCAUGUUCAAGUAAUUCCAGUUUCUCAUCGCGUUCUGAUUCAUUCAAUAGAAGUACUGAUCCUUUAGCUUUAGAUGAAGCUAAACCCACAAGAUUUGAAUGGCCAGAAGAUGAUUUGGAUUUGCCUAAUUUGGACACAAUGGAUAUAUCAGGUUUUGGCGAUAUUUCUUAUAAUAGCAAGCCAUUACUGAGGGAGGAUGAAGUUAAGACUGUCCUUAGUAAAAGUGAUGCCCUUAAGAAACAAACUUCAAAUGAUGGUAUUAAUGAAAUCAAAAUUGAAGAUAAAUUGAAUAAUGAAACCAAUAGUAAUGGUAGUGAGAAAAGGAAAGCUGAAUCUUUAUUAGAUAAAUCUCCCAAAAGGAUAAAAAUAGUUGAAAAUGAAAGAGACACUACUAUUAGUGUAAUAGCUAAUGAGGGUUCAUCAAAUUUUGAUCCUACCAAAAUAGUUUCUGAAAUUUUGAAGAAAUAUCCCCAUUUGGUCAAAAAAAAGAAAAACAUAAAACUGAAGAUAGUCUCAAAAUCUCACACUGAAAAAGAGACACCUAAAGAUUGUAGUCCUUCUGAACAAAAUGUGGAAAAGCCUCCAGUGAAGACAGUUUUGCGAAAAACUAGUGUAUUUAAGCCAGAAGUUAUUAAAUCCGAUUCAAAGGAACGUAUAUGGGCUUGCAAGGAAUGUAUUACAGCACAUGGAGAACCUUUGGAGUUUAUGCUUUACUAUCUUUAUAGAAAACAUAUGACUGAUGUACAUAAUGUGAAGUUUGAUACAAGGAUUUGUAAAUAUUGUGGUAUCGCAUUUUCCAAAAAUGAACAGCAUUCUUAUCAUCAAUUCACUAAACAUGGAAUAAAGCCUUCUGGAAAUCAAGUUUUCCCCAGCUGUUCUCAAUGUCCCUUUGUGGCUAUGUCUAAAGAAGCCCUUCAGGUUCAUAAGAAUAAACAUAAGAAGACAGAAAUGCAAUGCUCCUGUUGUAAAUUGGCAUUCAUAUCACCAGAAGCUAUAGCAGGUCACUUACAAAUAACUGGACAUAUGGGAAAAACUAGAAAAAAUGUUUAUGAUUGUCAAUAUUGCACAAAGUCCUCACAGUCUGCAAUAAGUUUGUUGUCUCAUUUAAAAUCAAAUCAUGAAGCAGAGGCCAAAAGAGAUGGUAUUGUCAGUUUAGAUGAGGUAGACUUGGAGGAAGGUGAUGAUCUGAUGGAUACUCCUGUUGAAGAACCAUCAUUACAUGAGGAAUAUGUUGUUUCUGAAACACAACAAAAUAAGGUGAAGAUUAUCAGUAAUGUGACUGUACCAGUUAGCAAGAAUAAUACAACUGAAACUCUAGCAUUGAACCAGUCAAAAAAUCAUGUUUCUGUGCCAACUUCUAUAGCUACUAGUUUGGGAUUACUUGAUAUAGUGGUUUUGGAUGAAAAUCAACAGUUUAUUCUUCAUAAUCAAGCUCAGCAAACAGGAAAUAAUCAAACUGAAUAUAUCCUUCCACCAAUUGACACUAGAAAUGUAACAGCUGAGGGAUUACCAAGUAAUGAUGAAUUAGUUAUGGUACUAACUGAUCAGGACUACAAAGAAGGACAUAGUGGAAUCAGUACAGAUAAUUCAAAUAUUGUUGUACUGUAUAGUCACCCUGCUGAUGGUCAGCAAGGACAAUUUAUAACUUCCCAGGGAAAUAUUAUGGUUAAUUCAGAGACAGGAUUGCUUGAAAUAAGGAAUGGAGCCGCUAUUGCAACAACAUCUGCCAAUCAAAUUGUUAUGAGUGAACCAACAGAAAAUCCUAUUGAAACAAUUGAAAUGAUACAAAGGGAAAUUGAUGGAGGGCAAGAAUUGAAACAAGAACCAUUUUAUGAAGAUCAAAAACCUAAGAUAACAGAGGUUGUUCAAGAACCUGAGGGAUAUGUUGAGAACCCAAAAGUUGAAGAGCAGAAUCAACAAUCAAGUGCAUUAGAAGAAAACAUAGUGAAUCCAGAUGAUGGGCAACCUGAGGAAAAAAAGGAAUCCCAAAGUGAAGAACCUGUUGUGGAACAACAAGCUUCUACGCCAAAUCUUUCAAUAUCGAAUGAAACAGUAGAGGAGCAAACUUCCAGUAUGAGUGCUAUAGAUGAAGUUGAACCUGAAAAAAGUACUGAAGAAAUUGUAGAUUCUACCGAAAGAUCCACUGACAAUUCAGAGCAACGUGAAGUAGAAUCUCAGACACCAGUACCAAUGGAAGUAGAGGACACCAGUUUGGUAGAAGAAUGUACAUCCAAACCCAGCGAAGAAAUGUACACUUCUGAAAAUAAAGAUAUAGAGAAGGAUCAUUCUGACACUGAAGAAACACAAGAUAAACAACCUUCUGAUAGUGAGAAAGAUCUAAUGAUGGAAAUAGAUGAAUCAAUAGAUAAAGAUGAUGAAGAUAUCACUGAAGGUUCGCUUGAAAAAGAAAAUAACGAUAAUGCAGAGGUAGAGUUUGAUAGUUCAAAGGAAAGUCAACCUGUGAAAGAAAAACCACUUUCCCCAUCAUCUGAAAAAAAUGAACAGAAACCUUACUCGCCUACGGACAACCCAGUUGAUAUGGAAUGUGAGAAAGAACCAGAACCCAAUGAAAAACAGGAAGCGGAAUCUAGUAAUGAAAACAGCAUUGAAAUUACUCAUUGUGAAAAAGAACCUGAAAACCAAGAGAGCACAGUAUCGCCACAUUCAUCGCAGAUUGUGGAUGAAGAAGAUACACAAGAUAAACAUAGUGAAGGUACAAAAGAAUCGACAACAAUGUCAAUUUUAGAUGACUGGGAAGAUACUGAUUCCCAACAAUCUGAUAAUAAAACAAAAGCUGUCAAGAAAGAGGUUGCUCAGGAAACUGUUCAUAAGUUGAUGGAUGAUUGGGAUGAAGAAGAGGUAGAAAAGUGAGAAAUGCAAUGUAUCUGAAUUUUUAUUUUAUGUGGUUGAUUCACAGUUAAUAUUGUAUUGAUCUAUUUCACAUGUUGACUCCUGACAAAGUGUCACACUUUUGCAAUGAAUAUUUUUAUAACUUACAAGUUUCUUUUGAAACAACUAUUAAGUAAAUCAUCGUAGAUGUUUUUAGAGAUUUUUUUGGAAAUUUUUUUUCCUUCUAUCAAAUAUGUUAUUGGUGAUUUACUGUAUUGUAUAUAUAAUUUCAUAUAUAAUGAUUAAAUUUAUUGAUUUCUUUAAGGAAAGUUUUAAAUAAUGAUUUUUUUUUGUUUACAUAAUUUCAAUGUAUGUUUUCACUUUAAUAUAUGCUUUAGUUUA